UCUUCACCACCAAACUCAAUCUCCAACAGACAACGAAGUCACACUACAAUACACAUCAAAUACAACCCCAAUACCUUACACUUCGUCGAAAUCAUGCCACAGGCUAUCGCUGAGCUGUGAACGCCCACUGCGGGCGUGCGAACCCAGCACGUCCGCAGUCCUUCAGCCCACGAGACUUUCAAUAACUAUCGACCUCGACGAAGUAACAGACUCUUACCGUCUAACCCCGCAGUGGCCUGCGAGGAAGAGUUUGCCCAAUACAACGAAAUAAACAGAGUGACGCUCUUUGCCUCGCGGAGUGGACUCCAUCCCGACCCAUCCACCUCCCCCUCACAUCCUCCGAAUUCGAGUCUCACACCACUCCUCCUCCCCUCCUACAUAUCUCGAUAGUCUUAAUAGACUAGAAUUGACACACUGUCGAGUUGGGUGGAACUUAGUUCCCGUUUUCGACCCAGAAAAAGGGUGUCCUAACUUCACCGCUAAUUACAUCACACCCUCAAACCACCUCAAAAAUUUACGAACACACAGUAGACAGUCAAAAUGUCUCGAAACAUGCGUCACAGAUCGACUCCACCGCCUGCGCAAAAGAUGCCGCAGAGCAGCCCUCAACAAUCCCAAGAUUCGGAUUCCGACUCCGACUAUGGUGGGGUUGAUGAAAUCUCCGGCAGCGAAGACGAUGAGCCAAAUGUUGAGGUGGCCGAGGAGCGGGCAAUCAUCUCGUCGGAAGGCGAAGAGGUUCCUGUGAUUCCUCGGCCGUAUGAAGAAUACGGACAAUGGGAAGGAUUUUCAUUUGAAGGAGAUGCCGCACCACUUGACGGACAAUUCUUCGAACAAGCCAUUCAGAAGAGCAGUUCUGUGGACGAAUCAUAUGACGAAGAUGCUGCAAUUGAGAAGCACGUUCACUGGGAGUCACCUGUAGAGAGCGAAAGCGAGACUAUUGGCGAUUCUGAUGCUGAUGAGUUCUGGCCCGACCUUUUCGUCGACAAGAACGAGAUUGAUCCACAUUUGCUCAGACAAAUUGAGGCGGAUGAUGUCAAUGGACAAUUCUCUGAUGAUGGUUUCUUCUAUGGAGAAGCUGAGACGGAUGAAGACGACUUGGACGAAUCUACUGAUGCUAGUUCUGAUUCAAGUGGUUAUGAUUCCGAUGAAUCAGGAAUGACAACCGAUGAAGAAGAUCUUUCGUCUCGUUUCAUCCCACCCCAGAGAUCAGUUCUCCGAGCCAUAUCAGAAGCCUCAUCUUCAUCUGAAGAAGUCACAAGACGUAAAGUUUUCCGAGCACCUGUUCUUGCAUCUUGGACUCAUGACAGCGACACUCCAUAUGCUAUGGCCGAUAUCACUUCCACCAAGGUCAAAGUUUUCAACAUGCGUCGCUUCAGAGAGCAGUAUGAGAUGCAAUCCCGUGCCACUCCAUUGACAACACCACAACGGAAUAUGCUUCAGGAAUCACCAAUGAUCAGCAAUUCUGGCAACAUCAUGAUGAGUGCAAUGAUGUCAGAUCCUUUUGAUGACAACGUAUCUGGUCAAGCCAUCGGAGGCCCCGAGGCAUUCUACCCUUGGACAUAUAUCGAUGCCAACGGAACAAUCGAGAACCAAAAUAGCUCUUCCGUAGAUGGCUCUGACUGUGAUGACGAGGAUCUCUGGAACAUCGACGACCUCCUCAACUUUGGCAAUCAAGACUCCGAUGAUGAGGAGGAAGGAGAGCCAUCUGAUGAAGCUCAAACCGGUGCAGAGGACACCCCCGGUGCACCAUCUUCGACACCCGCACGUCCAACCACCGCCAGAAGCGAAGAUCAAGUCCACCCUCUCCUCGAUCACUUCAGCAGCGGCACAGUCGGUGCCUUCCGCUUCAACCAGAACCGCCACCAACUUCUCAACCGCACCUCAGUCACCCGUGAGUCACUCGCCUUCGGCAGCGCUCACAUGGAGGGCACAAUCCGCGGCGUCAAAGCCGGCCGUCUCCAGCAUGCAAACACACCCAUCACCCCCGUCCGCAAGAAGAAGAGACCUAUUCCCUUCGAAUCCAGCCCCGCGAGCCCAACACCCUACAACGCGAACAAGAAGCGCAAAUACAACGGCGACGAGAGACCCACCGGUCUGAAGCGGGCGAGGGGUCUCACCAUGUGAUGUGACAUACCAUACCGACUACACAAAAUUACGCAGAGGACGGCAUGACUCGAAAGAGCAUCCCUGGCCUCUCUCACUUUCCUGGCCUUUUGCACUGUGCACUUGUUUUUAGCACAGCCUGCUCUUUCCUUCGUCACGGCUCCACACUGUUUUCUAUUCUCUCUCUCCCUCUUUCUGCCCAACCUUGCUUGGCUGGUGGUGGUUGGUGGUUAGACAAAAAAAGAAAGGAUUCAAAAGCCCGCUGCGAAUAGAAUACUACAAACAAAAGUCAACGAUUGAUCGAUGUUCGAUGUAUGCAUGCAUGUUAUGCCUUUUUUCCUAAACUGUUUUCAUAUGUUCCGAGUUUUUUCUUAGUUUUUUCUUCUUUUCUACAAUCUCUUUGUCUUUCCCUUUCGGCUCAGAUGUGUUUUCACGUAUGUAUGUAUGUAUGUAUCUAUGAAAUCGAAGGUGGUGGAGAGAUCUUUACCUUGUGUGUAUGCAUGUGUGUCUCUUCUAUCCUGUCCUAUUUCAUCCUAUCUCUUCCCAUCCUAUCUUAUCUUAUCUAUUCCUUUGGAUUGAGAUGAGAGGUUUUCCUCAAGCCUUUUCUCUGUCCGGUGGAUAGAUAGUGAGUUGGGUUUUGGGAUUUAGGAUGUGGAUUUGGGAUUUGACAUGUCAGACAGACUGAGAGGUUGGGAAAAGUUGCUGCUGCUGCUGCUGCUGCUGC